CACUAUUGUGAUUGUGACAGGAUUGGCAAAGCCCGUCCUGCUCUUGGAUUGGUUGGUCGUUGUGUUCAUUGAUCAGCCUAUCACUGGGCAGGGGGAUGUAUAAAUUUGACUGCGAAGCAGUAUGGUGUUAUGCGUUACGCCCCCUUUCUGCGUCAUCUCGAGUCGCCGGUCAGGUAUGUGUUGGUUAUGUUGGUUGAGGGUUUGUAGUGUGUUGUGUCUUAUUAGUAUUUUCCUUGUCUAGAGUGGUUUAUUUGGACACACCUUGCGACUGGAGCUUGGUUGACGUGUUCCCUCUCGAUAGGUAAGUGAAACCGCUAUAAUGCGUUUUCGUGUAAAGACUGCAUGUGUAAUUAGAAGGCGUCUGUUUGUGUAUCGUUUGAAGUGAGUCUGCGGGAGACUUUAACAGUACCGACCGCUGCCUGAUGUUACCCGGUGCCGUUGUGUGCUGUGAGAUCUCUUUAUUUGAGUGAGCCCACGGGUGCACAGAGGGCUGUGACGUGAUUUGUGGGGAGAUCACACACAUACGGUACGUGGUUUUAGAGUUUAACCGUGCUAUAGUUCCAAAUGGUAGGUUGUAUGAUACUGUUAAUUCUAUUAUAGAUCGUGUUGUCUCGUAUCAGCGGCUCCUGUUUCCCUGUACACAUUAAUCCCACAUUGACAGAACGAGCCUGCAGCUUUCUGCCUUAUCCUUGAAUUUAUCUGUGCUUCCGGAUCGCUCAUUCAACCGGUACGUGUUUUUAAAGCGUAAUAAACAUUUUGCAUGUACACUGUUUAAUGUGUUCUAUUUUUAACUUCAUUACAGACUUGUUGCGUCUAUGGGCGAUUAAUAUUUGUGCAGUCAGGGCUUCGUGGGAAGUAUCGUCCAGAGGCGCUGUUGCUUUGCCUGUAAUUUUGUGUGUGUGUGUGUGUGCGUGCGUGUGUGGUUGAAGCUUAUUGAACGUGAUUGUGUUUCUUUAAGUUUUUGUUGCUUUUUCCUUUACUGUUAUAUUCGAGUGCUAAAGGUUUUUGUUUCUUUUUGUUUAAUAUUCUUUGAUUUAUUUUCGUAUUUUCUUAAACUCUAUUGUAUUGACUUAUUUUGUUUGUAGAAGAGGGAUAUUAAUAUCCCUCUUUUCCUUUUUGUUUUUGGUUUAUUUUGAUUUAAUUGAUGUGCUUAUGUGUAAAGGGCACAGUGAGAAGUUAAAGGUGCCCCCCUCAUCCUCUGUGUUGACACUCAUAGUGUGUUGUGAUCCUACCAGUGACUUUGUGACCAUUCUUAAGUGUAAUAUACUAUCUUAUUGUUACAGGAGCUGAGUGCCGAAGGCGGGGUGGAUUUUGGUGGUGGUAUUGCUUCACGAGUGCUGUGCUGUGUGCAGUGGUGUGCGUGUGUGUGUGAGUGUUUCCACACAGGUGUAGCCAAAAUUGUGCGGUGCUGUGGAGGCCUAUUAGUGCCCUUAAUCCCUGCUGUCACGCCUCGGCUCCUGCUUUUACACCCAUAGAGGUAUUUGAGGAUGGAGGUCACCCGUAGUACAUCCUAUUAAAUUGAUUGUGUUGAUUUCAUUGUGUGCAUAAUACUCUUUUUUAUAUUUAAUAAAAUUUCAUACUUAUUUUACCCACGUCUUCUACCAAUUCUUUAGUACAGGAACCUGUGUUGCCUAAGUGCAAGUUAUUAUCUCUGGCCAAGUGCCAGGGUGGCGUAGUCGCUAUAUAUAUUCUUUCAGCCCUCGGUGUGUCAUGCCACAUUCUGGCGUAGUCGGCAGGGUUGUGCUUAUCUAGGCGAAGACGUGGGUAUUUAGUAGUUUUUUGUUAAGGUGAAUUGUUCUGUGUUUCUUUAUUAAUUUGUGUUUAGUGUUUUAGGCAAAGCAACAGCGUCUGUUGGAUUGCGGUGAGCAGCUUUCUCUAUUUUUGUGACCCCCGUCGUGGUGGUAAGUUGUGAUUUAAAUAAUGGAAGAAGAACUUAGGGAACUAAGAGAAUUGGUGGUGCAGUUGAAGGCAGACAAUGAGCGGUUGCGUCAAGAGAGUGCUCUCGCGUUGCCUGGCUCCAGCACUUCAUCUUCUCAUGUGCCCGAUCCAGAGCCGGUUGUGCCUCCUCCAGCUGUUGCUGGUGCCAAUCCGUCAGAAAGAUUUGUGUUUGUACCUCGUGACCGUAAGUGUCCACGGUUCAAUGGUCGGUCUGGUAUUGGCAUCAGCGAAUGGAUUGAGGAGGCACAGGCCUGUAUUCGGACCCGUCAUUUGUCAGUAGGCGAGCAGGCGUUCUUUCUAUUUGACCAUCUAGAGGGGGAGGCCCGUGACGAGAUCCGAUAUCGUUCGGAUGCUGAACGAGGGGAUCCAGAAAAGAUUUUUUCUGCGUUGCGCGAGGUUUUUGGCUGCUCACAGUCCCACGUAGCAUUGCAGGAAGUGUUUUUUUCCAGACGACAGUUGGAGGGGGAGAGCCUAUUGGAGUUUUCCCUUGCUCUGAUGGGUCUUAUGGAAAAAGUUAAACAGCGGUUUCCUGGGGCGGUUUCAAAUGCUCCAAUAUUGUUGCGUGACCAGUUUGCGGAGCAUGUUGGUGAUAAUGCUCUCCGGCGUGAACUCAAGCAGUUAGUUCGCCGUCAACCAAAUAUCACACUAUUAGAAGUACGCAGUGAGGCGAUACGGUGGGAACAGGAGGGUUUGCCAGGGGGUGCGCGGGCUCGUAGCCAGUCUGUCCCGUUUUCGUAUGGGAUUCAAUAUGGUGUACAGGGGAAUCAGCGCUCCGUUGCUAAUGAGUCUUCGUCAUCCGAAUUGAGCGAAUUACGAGAAAUGUUAAAAGCUCAACAAAAUCAGUUGAAUCAGCUGACUCAAAGUUUCACCCAAUUUCAAGGCGCACGUUCGCGUAGUCAUUCCCCACGUUAUGGACCGGUGGUUUGUAGGCGGUGCCAUCAACCUGGGCAUUUUGCCAGGGAGUGUAAUUUGUCACGGCCUGCCAAUUCGGCUUCUGAGUCAUCUUCUAAUCCUUUGCGUUAUGACCAUACCCCGGCAUUAUUAGGGAGGGGACAACGUCACCCAAGCCAGCCGUCGGAAAACUAGUGCCCGCCGGGCUGUUGAGCCACAGCUCGGCUGGGGUAAUUAGGGGCUCGAUGUCUCAUUUAAUGUCUGGCUGCCCACAACUGGUGGUCAAGAUUGGGGGAGUUGGGGUGACUUGUUUGAUUGACACAGGCUCUAUGGUUUCCACUAUAACCGAGAGCUGCUUUUUAAGCCAUUUUGAACCUUGGGGUCAGGAGCGCCUAAAACUUUGCCAAUGGCUCCAACUACGGGCGGCUAAUGGGCUCGCUAUUCCAUAUCUUGGUUAUCUGGAAUUGGAUGUUGAGUUGUGUGGUAAUAUAGUGUCAGGGUGUGGGAUAUUGGUAGUAAAGGAUCCCCCUGGUAAUACGUGUGCUCAGGUCCCAGGAAUACUGGGAAUGAAUGUGUUGAGCCGGUGUUACCAGGAGCUGUUUGGUCGACAUGGCCCAGCCUUGUUUGACUCUCCACCCGUAGUAGAGGUUCCUGAUUUUGUGAUGCAGGCUUUGCAGCAGUGUCACAAGGAUACACGUCAACCAGGACUUGGACAGGUAGGGCGAGUAAAGGUGCGAGGACGUCAUCGGUGUCGUAUCCCAGGUGGCACCAUGAAGAUUGUGGCUGCCACCUGUUCUGAGCAGUACUCUCAGGGUACAGUGUUGUUCGAGCCACUUGAGUCGGGACUCCCGGCUGGCCUUCUGGCCUCGCCUGCAUUGGUGCCAUCAGUUCGGGGUACAGUUUACAUUCCAAUUGUAAAUGUAGGGGUGUUAGAUGUGGUACUCUAUCCAAAUACACUGUUGGGUUCCCUACAUGGUGUGUUUGUGGUGAGUUUGCCUCCAGGGGUCAUUGAAGUGAAGGAGACUGUUGCAAUGGUAGGUGCUCAAGAGUGUGUGUUAGAACCUUCGUUGCAGCAGAGGAUCGACACUAUUGAUUUAUCAGCCCUGGAGGGUAGGGAGCAGAAUAGGGUUAGGGCCCUGUUGCAGAGGUAUCAGUCUGUGUUUUCAGCACACGAAAGUGAUUUGGGCUGUACAGACUUGAUUUCUCAUGACAUUCCCCUUACUGAUGACGUUCCGGUUCGGCAGCGGUACAGGCGCUUGCCACCCUCAGAAUAUGAUGUAGUGAAAACACACAUUAACCAGCUUCUUGAUGCUCAGGUAAUUAGAGAAAGCUGUAGCCCGUAUGCAUCCCCAAUCGUCCUUGUAAAA